CUACGUCACCAUACUACGUCACACGCAGAGUGGGAAACUACACUGUUGUUAUCAUGUCGCAGUACUGUAUUAUUCAAGGAUGUAAAUCACGCAGAGCUCGAGAAUGUGACUCAAUGGUAACAUUUCAUUGCUUUCCGACUGAUAAAGACCUACAAGAAGAAUGGUUAAAGAAGACCCGGAAAGACAGAAAGCCAGAUUUCAAGGUUACAUCAAAUACAAGGGUGUGUUCCAAGCAUUUUGCUGGAGACUGUUUCUGGUGGAACGAAAGGAUUCGCAGGACAUGUCUGAUUCCAGGAAGUGUCCCCCAUAUCUUUCCAUGGAACAAAAUCUCAUACCUGACCAUACCUCUUACAAACCAGAAAGGUGAGGCGGCUGGAAAUGUGACAAUUGAGGUCACGGAAUCCACAGAAGAAGAAGUUGACUUGCAACCGGAGAUAGUUGUCACGUCUGCACCGUAUGCUGACCACGACUACAUACAUUUGUCUCCACCUUUGGAAGAGCAGCUGGUGGCAGCACGACAGGAGAUUUCCAGGCUUACUAAGGAAAAGAAAAUGCUUUUGGCAUCACGCUUUUGUCUGCAACGAUUCCAGGACGAUGCCAGGCUUUUGUAUUUUUACACUGGAUUUCAGGACUAUGGCACGCUAAACUCUGUCUACUUGUCCCUGGAGCCCACUGCAGAGCGCUUACAGAGGUGGAGCCAGGCACAGACAGUGACGGGGCAGGAGAUGAGCAGGGCGGGCUUACAGGCAGAAAACUUGUCUUUGAUCGAUCAGUUCUUUCUCUUCCUCUGCCGUGUAAGAGAGGGAGCGUCUGAGGAAUCCCUGGCAGAGCGUUUUCAUGUCUCACAGUCGACAGUCAGUAGAGUGGUGACAACUUGGGCCAAUUACCUGUUUUUCAUGUUGGGGUCGUUGCCCGUGUGGCUCCACAGAUCAGCUGUAAGUGAAAUGAUGCCACAGUGCUUUAAAGACUCCUAUCCAAGAACGAGGGUUAUCUUGGACUGUACGGAGGUCCGCAUGGAGCGGGCCAGCUCAAAGAAGGUCAAUCCUGAGAACUAUUCAAACUACAAUGGCUCCACCACCCUGAAGGGCUUGAUUGGUGUGAGCCCCUCUGGAGAAAUCACAUUUGUGAGCAGCCUGUUUGAAGGGUCGAUCUCUGCAGAGGAAAUAACAAAACGCUCUGGGAUCUUGUCCCUGCUGGAGGAGGGGGAUGAGGUGAUGGCUGAUAACGGUUUCCUCAUUAGUGAUCUGCUGUCAGCCAUCAAUGUGUCUCUUGUUUCACCACCAUUUCUGAAUCAGAGGAGAAAGUCCAUCAAGCAGGAAGCUUCCAUCACUCAAAAUAAUGCAAAGUUAAGAAUUCAUGUAGAGAAAGCCAAACAACGAAUGAAGCUAAACCGUAUCUUUAAUAGAGUUCUUCCCCAUUCCCACCUGGGGACAGUUAACCAGUUGUGGUAUGUGUGUGCCAUGCUGGCUAAUUUCCAAGUGCCUCUCUCUUAACCCACAGCCCUUCUCACACCUGAACUCCUGACAGUUUGACUUACCUGUUCACCCGUUGGUCACAGCGGGAGUUCUUCACUGUCGAGCAGGACAUGAUGUAAAAUGCACAGCAUCAAAAUGGCGAACAAAGCAAAAAAAUCAGACACUAAGACGACAGUUUGUGCCUUAAUAUCAGUGCUACAGGUCGUACAUGUCGUACAGAUUAGGACAAAGCUGAAAUACGUGCAGGACGCGUGAUUUAAAUGUCAUCACCCCCUCGUUUGUUUUGAAUCUUCCUGAACAUGACCUGCUGCAUUCACACGUCGGCUCACAUCGACUUUAUGCAGAAAUAUUACCGGGGGGGAUGGCAGUUAAGAUUUAGUGUAACAACGGCUGUUUCCGUUCAAACAUGCAGCUCAUCCCAAACAUAUUGAGUAUCUACUGUUUACUGUUUGACUGUCCGAUUGUCGGCCAUGUUUUGUACUUGACCAUGUUUUUAAUCUAUUUGAUGAAACUGUAAUUUGAAAGACUGAAAAUAACUUAAUAUAAUCAUGUGGUGAAUAUUUUUGUGCAAUAAAAGUUUGGAAAAUCUUUUUUAAAA